AUGCCAAAAUUCUCUGACGAAAAACUUCAAAAAGGUGAUUUAGAAUUUCUCCAGAAUAGAAGAGGAACUCUUGCAGCAAGAUGGCAAGAUUCAAAGGAAGUUCUGAUUCUGAGUAAUUGCCACGGACCUGAUGUCAUACAAGUAAAACGCAAGCAGAAAGAUGGAGAAAAAGUAAUGACAAAUUGUCCUACCGCUAUUGCCGACUAUAACAGAUUUAUGGGAGGAGUAGAUUUGUCUGAUCAAAAGAUAUGCCUAUAUGAUUUUGACAGAAGAUCUACAAAAUGGUGGAAAAAAGUAUUUUAUAAACUUUUGAUGACAGCUGUUGUGAAUGCACACAUAUUGUUUCAAGAAACCAAACAUAGGAAAAUACCUCUUUUGCAAUACAUUGUCCCCCUAGCCGAAUUAAUGAUUGCUCAUGGCAAAGAAAAUGCAAUUGUCAAGAGGAAGAAAUCAGGUCGACCGUCAAAUGCAACAAAACUGAUGUUGAAUGUUGGAGAUCAUUUGUCAUUAGAAGGGCCAACAAGAAGAAGAUGUGCCCGCUGUGCCAAACAAAAUAAAGAAACCCGAACAAAAACUGUUUGCGCCAUGUGUAAAAUUGCACUAUGUAAAAACUGUUUUGCAAUGUACCAUACAUAG